AUGGCUGCCAUGGCUGCCUGCACCCAGACUCGGAUUGAGGAUUUUGAAGUACACUCGAAGUCACUUCCCAGUACCUCCACCAAGAUUGCAUGUGCUGUGGAGGGUGGCCAAAAGCUUUACAGGUUCCCACCUGGCAUUUUUGAACUUGACGAGCAGCUGUUGGUUCCGGAGCGGACAUCCAUCAUUGGAGCCCGAGACCCUAACGAUUGGUCGCAGCCAGCAAAAACACCAAUAUGGGAGGAGCAGACUCUUUUUCUUGCAACACGAGGUGUCAUAGAUUACAACAUGGUCUACUGUCACGCUGCCAACAUGGUGACGACGAGGGUCGGAUUCGUGCUCAGCAGCUACGUGACAGUGCGCAACUUAAGUUAUCAGGGUAUCGACACAAUUCGACCCAACGACAACGGAGCGCUUUGCGGCGGAGGUGCCUUUGAAACCAAAGGCUGCGCGGAGAACAGCUGCUCUGCAUCCGCCGUGAAUAACGGUGGCUCCGACGGCCUAGGCUCCGUCUCUGUGACGAUUGAGAACGUUCGGCUGAACGACUUCUUCUUUAUUGAAGACCAGACCAUGGUAGGAGCGCUGAUACCAGGGAACUACGACUGCAAAACGGACAAGUGGACGAGCGAGUGCUGUUUCUGCAAUCCAAAUGGUGUCCGCUCCACCCAGGCUGAUGCCAUCAAUCUACACGGGUAUCUGCAAGGUGCUCUUGUCGAGUCGGUCUACUUCGAGAACACAGGUGAUGACAUGUACGUGGUUUGGGGGGCCAACGCCAACCCAGAGAAUGUGACCUUCCGGAGUUGUACCGCGGUGAAUCCGGGCAUCAUGCGGCCAAACUGGUAUGGAAACUGCGUUGCAACAUACGGACUAAAGGAGGUUACGUUUGACAGCAUCACCUGCAGAGCUCCCACACCACAGCAUCCUAUUUUGCAGCCAGAAAGCGGGGAGAGUUGUAUUGACACUUCUAUGUUCGUAUUCUAUACUAGCUUCGGAGGCAGCUAUCCUGUGGACAACAGCAUCACCAUCAAGAACUGGACCUUUCAGGACUUGGCGGGUAAGUCGUACACUCCGGAAGAAGGUUCAUUGAGCAAGUACUCACAAGGAAAGAUGGUCUGGACUCGGACGAAAGAGCAGCUGCUAGCACCGUUCUACCUGCCAAAUCAGCAGCAACAGGCUGGCCUCGCGGCGCAGCGGGCCUUCAUGGACCGAUGGGGUGAGCAGCUGGAGCAGAUGCUGCAAAUGUGCGUCGUGCUGGUCCCUGUGCAGGAAGACGACGACGACAAAGCAGGAUUUUGGAGCCAGGCUGUUUACUCCCUCAGCGACCUUUUCAAUCUGUAUCGAACAGUUGUGCUGCGCAGCCCGGAAGAGAUUCCGGUCUGUGACAGUCCCAACGCAGGCAUAGUCAGUAUGACGCAGCCUCCGUCCAAGGAGUUACGCCGUGCCCGUCUGACUUACAUGCUCGCGGCCUUUGCCCUCCGAGCCCUUCGCUCCAUUCAGGUGCUGGUUGAGAUGGAUGCUUUUCGAAGAAAGGGCUCCAAGCACGCAUUGCGGGUCUGUUUCAGGCUUGAGAUCGUGAAACUGGUGCUGAAGGUUUUCCUGAGACUCAGAAUGCCCUUCAGCUUCUAUGUCGAUGAGGUUGCAAUUGAAGAUGCAGAGCCUCCGAAACUGUUGGAGCAGCGAAAUGCUGCUUUGCUUGGCAAGCGAGAUGAACAGGCGACAGAAUCGGAUGCCGCGUGCGUUGCUCCUGCAGAGGCAGUUUAUGUGGGGCGGCGAACAGGCCGCUCUUUGAAGGCUUUGGAGGCUCAAGGGCCCCUCGACAACGGCGACGCAGCUCCCCAGCCUGCAGCAGCUCCGCCGGCAAGAGUUGCGGCUGGUUUGCGAGAGGAUCGUACUCCGAAUACCCGUCAGAUUGUUGUCGCGGAGGUGUUGCAUCAUAUGCGCCCGCUCCUUCACCUAACCAUGCUUCACCGAAGAGGGCGCAAGUCCUGGGGGGCGUGGCUUGUUGCGGUGCUUUUAGAUCGGAUAUCUGCCGGCUUGCUGGAACAAGAGCUCCGCCCAAAGAGUGGCACCAGGGCUGCUGCAUUAGAAAUGGCGGAGGUUCGCCGACGCCAAAAUCAAGUCUGGUGGGCUUUGCUGAGGUCGCCGAUGUUUGACAAACUUUUUCGCCGUCCGAGUGAGGCUUUGGAUUGGGUUCUCAAAAAGAUUCCAGUGAUCAACAUGUUCAAUAUCGUUGAACUUGCCCUUGUUCUGCAACCGUUCUACUUCAGCACCUCAG